AUGGGCAGAGGGGUUCUCCUCCUUGGCCUGGGCCUCUCCUUCCUGCUGCAGGGGCUCCUGCUGCCCUGUGCAGACUGCAACCCCCAGACCACCUGGGACUACGCAGUCUACGAGAUAGUCGUUCCAAGGAAACUCCCUCCCAAUGCAGGGAAAGGCAGCCAGGAGGAAGUGUCCUAUGUCAUCAACAUUCAGGGGAUAACUUACACGAUUCGCCUCAGGCAGAAAGACUUGGUAAUAAAAAACUUCCCUGUAUUUGCUCGUGACUCCUAUGGGAAAAUGAAGGCCAAGCAGCCCCAUGUGCCAGAGCACUGCUAUUACGAUGGCUACGUGGAAGGCGUCCCAGACUCCGGGGUGACUCUGACUGUCUGCUCUGGCCUCAGAGGACUGCUGCAGUUUGGAAACUCAAGCUACAGCAUUGAGCCCCUGCCAGGUGCCACCAAGGGUCAGCAUCUUCUGUUGUGGAGGGACACGGCGGUUCCUGGAACCAUGUACAUAUACGAUACCUCCGUUGAACGUCGGCGGUUUCCACGUCCUAGCACGGAGGCAGAAGGGCAGUUCCAGCUGCGGGCGCACGUACGGUAUGUGGAGCUCUUUAUUGUGGUGGACAAGGAAGGUUUUGAUGCCUUUGGCAGAAGUAUAACUAAUGUGACACUGGAAGUUAUUGAAAUAAUCAAUCUGGUGGAUGGGAUGUUUAAUUCUUUCCGCCUUCGUGUUAUGGUAACUGCACUAGAGAUUUGGGUGGAGAAGAACCCUAUCAGUAUUACCAAAAGCAUAACCAAGGCCCUUUAUGACUUUAAUCACUGGCGGAAGCAAAGCCUUAAGUACGCCACGCAUGACGUGGGGUGUCUGUUUGCCUCGAUGGACUUUGGUCACGGUACAGGUGGAUUGCACAUCAGUAGCAAAUCCAACCUAGGCAGUGCUUGUGAUAAAAAACGGGCCUCUGCUGUUGUGUCCUUUGCCAAACAGCCUUACAUGGACACUGCUGUCAGCGUCGCUCGUGCGCUAGGGUAUGCCCUUGGCAUGGCGCAUGACCACAGGUACUGCACGUGUGGAAACAGCUCUAAAUGCAUCAUGAGCGUGAAUGGCACGGUGAACUAUCAAUUCAGCAACUGCAGCAAAAGGCACUAUUUUGAUUUUAUAUCAGCGGGGCGAGGAUUCUGCCUUAAUAACGUCCCAGAAUCAGUAAUGACAUCUGCGCUGAGGCGCUGCAAGAAUCGUGUCCUGAGGCCUGGGGAAAUGUGUAAAUCAGACCCUUGCUGUGACAUUGCCUGCCAGAGGAAGGGAGCCCUUUGCACUUCCGGACGUUGCUGUAGGAAUUGCAAACCUCUUCCAGAAGGAGAAGUGUGUAGGGAGAGUGUUGGACCGUGUGACUUGCCUGAGUAUUGCAACGGGACAUCUGAGCAUUGCCCAGCAGAUGUGGCCAAGCAAGACGGGACUGUGUGUGCUGAGGAUGGGUACUGUUACUCAGGCAAAUGCCAGUCUCCCACGUUACAGUGUAUGAGUAUCUUCGGUAAGGAAGCAAAGCCUGCUCCGCUGUCAUGCUUCCAGGAGACGAACAUGAAGGGGGAUCGGUUUGGCAAUUGCCGGGGAGAUGGGGCAGAUGUCAGCUUUCAGAAAUGUAAGCUAGAAAACGUCCUGUGCGGGAGGAUGCAGUGUGUGAACGUGAGACGUCUGCCUCGGCUGGAAGAUCACACAACCGUCAUCCAAACCCCGGUGGGGGAUACCUGGUGCUGGGGCACAGACUACCACUUGGGUGUGGACAUUCUGGAUCCCGGUCUCGUUAAGGAUGGAAUGCAGUGCGGGGAGAGGAUGAUCUGCAUUAACCGGACCUGUGUGCCAGCGAGGAAGUACUUGACAUCCCGCUGCUCUGCCAAGAGAACGUGCAGAGGAAAAGGCGUCUGCAACACCAACGGGAACUGCCACUGUGACAACGGCUGGGGGGGCCCCCACCCCCCGUCCCCCGAGGGCGUCUGCACCACCAAGGGGAACUGCCACUGUGACAACGGCUGGGCACCUCCCUACUGCCAGUACGUUGGAUUUGGAGGAAGCGUUGACAGUGGGCCUGCACCCGUCACUAAACAUGGGCUUUGGAGGUUGCUCUUUGGGAUCACUGGAAUAACUAUUGUUGUUCUGGUGCUCGCAGCAGUUGCCAUUGUGAAUGUGAGAAAGUUCGGAGUAACCCAAGCGUUACACACGUAUGUUGGAUCCUUUUGGGCUGCAAAUUGGGCUUCUAAGGGCAAUGUAAGUGACCAGGUGGAAGAAGACGGCUCAAAACUAGCUGAGAGUACUGUGUAG